AAUUUUAAGCCAACCGCAAAAUCCGAUUAAAAAUAGGUCGGGCUUUUCCUAAUUUUUCUGAGAAAUACUUUUUACGUUGGUAGAAGAUCAACCAACUGCAGCGUCACAAUUGUCACAGGAAAUCGGGAAAGCAGCCGGAUUUGAGGCGACAUUUAGGGUCAGAGCUUCGUUUGAGCGAGAGCACUGUCGUCUCCUUGCUCGAAACGCCGCUCUGGUACACCCGACUCCAUUUUCAAAGCUUCAUGUCUGCCAGCGAAAUUUCCGUUCCUCUCUUCUGCAUCGGAAUGCUGAAUACUUAAAGAAAUGUCUGUGUACAGUGGGGUUUUGUUGGUUCAUUCUUCAUUAAGGAGGUCAAUUAUCUCCUUCAAUACACGAUCCGUGAAAUCAUAUGAUUUUAACAGUGUUUUCAAAGUUCGGUUCUGAAAGCAGACAUACCUUUUGAAGAUUUCACACCAUGAUCCAAUCUCACACAAGAGAAAAUGGGGAAAUUAACUGCUCAACUGCAGCUGGUAAUGGGAAUGCCAUUGAACUGACAGUCAAUGCCAAUUUUGAGGAUGAGGUCAAACAAAGAGCGGAAUUGGUGGAAUGGUUAAAUGAUAUGUUUCCUGAUUUGAGGUUACCAUCGGAAGCUUCAGAAGAGGAAAUUAGAUUGUGCUUAAUUGAUGGAACUGUUUUAUGUAGUGUUUUGGACAGGCUUAGCCCUGGUUCUAUAAAUGAGUGGGCUGGUUCUGAUCCUUCAUCCGAGCCUCAUUUGGAGAAUGUCAAAAGGUUUCUGGAAGCUAUGGAUCAACUGGGGUUGCCCAUGUUCAGACUCCUGGAUCUUCAGCAGGGGUCUAUGGUGACAGUUGUAGAGUAUCUAUUGACACUCAAAGAGUGUUUUAAUUCUAAUUUUGGGGGAGACAAUAUUCAUAUUACAAGUUCGAUGUCUAAAUCUGGAACCCAGCCAAGGAAGAGAUGGAAAGUUUUGGAAGUAGAAAGUUCAGAAGGAAUUAAUGGUACCCUUGGGGAAGUAUCUCUACAGAAUAUUCCAGUAGCUGGAGAAGAGAGGCACAAGAGUUUAUCCGACUCAAAAUUUCAGCGUGUUUUGCGCAGUCCUGUCAUAUCAGAGCCAUCGGCUGCAUUAAGACAUCAUGUUGGACAUAAGUUCCAUGAGGUGUUUCAACUGAAACAAGGACGUUAUGCUGAUCUCCCUGCUGCUAAGAUAUCAGAAAUGAUGAAUUCUAGCAGUUUAGAAAAUGCUCCAACUCAGUCACUUCUGACUGUUGUGAAUGGGAUUCUAGACGAAAGCAUUGAAAGAAAAAACGGAGAAAUACCUCACCGUGUGGCGUGUCUAUUGAGAAAAGUCAUACAAGAGAUUGAGCGACGUAUUUCAACUCAAGCGGAGCACUUAAGAACUCAAAAUACUCUCUACAAGGCUCGUGAAGAUAAGUAUCAAUCAAGAAUUAGAGUACUUGAGACUCUUGCAACUGGGAAUAGUGAGGAGACCCAGGUUGCUAUGAACAAGUUCCAGCAGAUAAAGAUGGAGAAGACCAAAAUGGAGGAGAAGAAGAAAAUUGAGGAGCUGGAUAUGGUUAAAUUGGUGAAAGAGAAGGAUCAUAGUGAUCUUGAAAUUUCGACACUUAAGCAAGAACUGGAGUUAGUAAAACAGAAAUAUGAACAACAUUGCCUGCAAUUGGAAACACAGGCCAAGGGAACUAAAUUUGAGUUAGAGGAGAGAUUAAAGGAACUUGAGGGCCUUUUAGAAGAUUCUACGAAGAAAGCUGAAGAACUUGAGGCGUUUUCUAAAUCGAAAGCUCAGAGUUGGAAUGAAAAAGAGCAUAGCUACCAGACUUUUAUAGAUUUCCAGUUUAAAUCUUUGAGGGAGUUGAGGGUCACUUCUCAGUCAAUCAAGAAAGUGGUGCUAAAUACACAAAGAGUUUAUUCUGAAGAAUUUAGUCGGUUGGGGGUAAAGCUUAAAGGGUUAGCUGAGGCGGCAGAAAAUUAUCAUAUGGUUCUUGCAGAAAAUCGGAAGCUGUAUAAUGAGGUUCAAGACUUAAAAGGAAAUAUUAGAGUCUAUUGUCGGAUAAGGCCAUUCCUUCCUGGACAAAAUGGGAAACAAACUACCAUAGAUUUUAUUGGUGAGAAUGGUGAAUUGGUCAUUGCAAAUCCCCUCAAACAAGGAAAAGACGGCCAUCGCCUAUUCAAGUUUAACAAGGUCUUUGCUCCAACAGCUACACAAGAGGAGGUAUUUUUAGACACCCAACCAUUGAUACGAUCUAUUCUUGAUGGAUACAAUGUUUGUAUCUUUGCAUAUGGUCAAACUGGUUCAGGGAAGACUUAUACAAUGACUGGGCCAGAUGCAGCUUCCAAAGAGGAUUGGGGGGUCAAUUACCGAGCUCUAAAUGAUCUCUUCCACAUCUCACAGAGUAGGAGAAAUUCAUUUAUAUAUGAAGUUGGUGUUCAAAUGGUUGAAAUAUAUAAUGAACAAGUGCGUGACUUACUAGCGAGUGACGGCACCCAGAAAAAACUUGGGAUUUGGUCUACUACUCAACCAAAUGGACUAGCUGUCCCUGAUGCAACCAUGCUUCCUGUCAAGUCAACGGGGGAUGUCCUGGAUCUAAUGCAAAUAGGACUAAUGAAUAGGGCUGUUGGUGCCACUGCUCUAAAUGAAAGAAGUAGCCGAUCCCACAGUGUUCUCACCGUUCAUGUUCGUGGGACGGACUUGGCGACUAGUGCUACUUUGCGUGGCAAUCUUCAUUUAGUAGAUCUUGCUGGAAGUGAAAGAGUAGAUCGCUCUGAGGCAACAGGAGAAAGGCUUCGUGAAGCACAACAUAUUAACAAAUCAUUAUCUGCCCUUGGAGAUGUCAUAUUUGCCCUAGCUCAAAAGAGCCCUCAUGUACCAUACAGAAAUAGCAAACUUACUCAAGUCCUGCAAAGCUCUUUGGGUGGUCAGGCAAAGACACUCAUGUUUGUACAGCUUAACCCAGACGUAGAUUCAUAUUUUGAGACUUUAAGUACCUUGAAGUUCGCAGAGAGAGUAUCAGGAGUUGAACUAGGUGCUGCACGGAGUAGCAAGGAGAGCAGGGAUGUAAGAGAAUUGAUGGAGCAGGUAGCAUCACUUAAGGAUACAAUUGCAAAGAAAGAUGAGGAGUUAGAGCGGCUGCAACUGCUUAAAGAUCUCAGAACUGUAUCCCCCACUGUCAAUGGUGAGAAGCGGGGCACCAGCUUACUUAGGCAUGGGCCUUCCUCUCCAAGCAGACACUCCCUCAGUGUGGCUGCUGCACAACGAAUCCGAAGACUGUCAGGUGGGAAAGGUUCAGGGCUUGAGAAAGCAGCGUCUGAUCAAGACAACAGCUCUGAGCACAGUGAUAAGCGUUCUGAAGCUGGUUCUCAGCAGUCAAUGGAUGACUUGAGGCACCAUAAGGAGUUUUUCCAAGAGUCAAAACUUGCUAUUGUGGAUGCAGGACAGAAUUUUUCUUCAGAUGUUGAGCUCCUAGGGUUUGGGGAUGCAGAUUCUGAGGAGAGAUUAAGUGACAUAUCUGAUGGUGGCCUGUCCAUGGGAACAGAAACUGAUGGUUCAAUAGCAAGUGUUGUUGAGUUCACUCUUUUCCCUGAAGGAGCAAAACCAGCUGUGGGCAUUGAGAAGUCAAAACCGGCCCCAUCCAAACUUCCUAAACCUCCACCAAAGCAGGUUCAAACAGGGUCAGUUCGACGGUCAUCAUCGAAGGAAACUUUGAAGGUUCUAACUAGUUCCAAAAAGGUCCCCACAAGUGGCAGCUCUUCCACAACCAAACCAGUUAAACGAUGGCAGUAAGGUUAGAAGGCACUUUGACAGCAAAUAUUUCUUUUGUCAACACGAAUUUGAACCGAUUUUGUAGCACCGUGUAGCUUGUAUGUACUUUACUGAGGUUCCUCACCUCAUUUUUAUUUAUUGCCUGUCAUGUUUGUUUUGUUGCAAUUUAGGCAUCCUUGUAUUUGUGGAGGCUAAAUGCCUGCAUUCAGUGUGUAAUAUAUUGUUUUUUCUCC